UGUGACGUCAUCUUGUACCCCUGGCACGUGGGUUGUUUGCGAUACAUACAGACAGCAAAAUGGUUUAAGAUAACCUCACUCUUACUCGAUGAGGAACUCACUCAAUGGAUGAGCAUGUCCUCUUACGCCCAGCUCCCUCAGGGCCUCCCUUAUGUUGAUCCCCAAUCCAACCACAACCUACCCUCAAAACCCGCUGCAUCCUCCCUUCGAAUCUACUGGCUAGCAGCGACCGUCUGUUGCGGCGGCCUCUUAUUCGGUUACGAUUCCGGUGUCAUUGGCGGCGUACUGACAUUCCCCUCGUUCCACAACUCCUUCCGCUACACGCCCCAAGACCAAACCCUCAUCAGCUCCAUCGCCGUCGGAAUCCAGCAAGCCGGCGCCCUAGCAGGAUGUUUCCUAAUCUGGCCAUUGACAAACCACUAUGGCCGACGACCCUCGAUGAUACUAUGUUCACUCAUCUUCUGCAUCGGCGUCCUCUUUGAAAUCAUAAACAGCCACUUGCUCCCCGUCUUCUACAUCGGCCGCAUCAUCUGCGGACUCGGGAUUGGGGGUUCGGCAACAGUAGCACCUAUAUACCUCGCUGAGAUGAGCCCGGCGCAUCUCAGAGGGAGAUUGGGUAGCGGAUACCAGUUCACUUUUACGAUUGGGAUCUUCACCUCGUAUUGGAUCGACUACGGCGUGCAAUUCUGGGAGAAGGGCCCCAGGCAGUGGCAAGUUCCGCUGGCAUUGCAACUCGUCCCCGGAAUUGCAAUGGGUAUUGGUAUGCUCCCUCUGAAAGAGAGCGUGCGCUGGCUUCUCGCGAAUAGAGAUACACGAGAAGCAUGGGAAAGCCUCACCUGGAUCCGCGAUGCAGAAGGAGAAGACGAUCCUGGUGUCCGUGACGAGUUCACAGAGAUGAAACGCGCUGUCGAUGCCGAUACAUCCGCAGCAGCAGACUUUCGCCCCCGGGAGCUCCUGCACCGGCCUAACCUCCGCCGUGUAACCCUCGCCGUGACCCUCUUCGUCGCGCAGCAGGCAACAGGCGCAACCGCCAUGGCCUACUUCGGACCUCAAUUCUUCUCGCUUCUUAUUGGCGACCCCUCCUCCUCAUCAACAGUCUCCUCCAGUACAACAGAAGCAUCAACGGCACACUCCCUAACCCUAUUAUUGACUGGCAUAUUCGGUGCCCUAAAGGUCCUCAGCUGUCUCUUCUUCAUCCUCUUCGUCGCAGACCGCUUCGGCCGGAAACCCCUCCUUGCCUUCGGCGCCCUGGGAAUGGCACUCUGCAUGAUCUCUACUUCGAUCUUCCUCCACUCAUCCCCUGCAUCUCCCCCUUCCGUAUAUACUUCCGCUAAGACAUCUACAACCCCCCUCUCACCCCACCAACUCUCAACAAUAUCCCUAAUCUAUCUAACAAUAUCCCUCUACAACCUCUCCUGGGGCCCGCUCCCCUGGCCCCUUGUCGCAGAGCUAUUCCCCACGCGCCUCCGCUCACCCGGUGUCGCACUUGCAGUUGCAAGCCAGUGGGCGUCGAACUUCAUAUGGUCAUUUUCGACGCCGUAUAUCCUUAAGGGAUUGGGCUGGGCGACGUUUUUGUUGUUUGGUGCGCUGGAUUUGGGGAUGGCGGGGUGGGUUGUGGUGUUUUUGCCGGAGACGAAGGGGAAGAGGUUGGAGGAGGCUGGGGGGUUGUUUGAGGGGUUAAGUGAGGGGCGGCAUUCUGGUGGUGAUGGGGAGAAUGGGUACGAGGGGGAGAGGGAGGGGCUUGUGCGUGGAUUUAAUGAGAGGGAUGAGGAGGAUGAAGACAAUGAGGAUGGAAAGGGAGGGGUCACAAUCCAUGGCCAUCGAUCUUGA